AUUAACCAUAAAAAAAUAACUUUCGUUUAUUUCACUCAUCAAAACUCCUCUCUUUCGCUCGUCGCUCUCUCCAUUUGUCAAUUUCGGAUUUUGAUUCUCCACAGCUUGAUGCGAUUGGUCACUUGCUGGAGACUGAAGAAUUAACAUUACUCAAAAUUUAGUUUCGAUCGGCUCUGUUUGGAUUCUGGUAAAAAUAUACACUGCGGUAAAUAUCGGUUUGCUUUGGAUUAGGAGUGGUGUAAUUCGCUUUAGGAAGUUCGAUUUUGGGUGGAAGUAUUGAUCUGUAAUAAGGAAUUAAACUUCAGCUUGGUUUUCUUGGUUUUUCUUUAUAAUGGUUAUGGUGGAUUUAUAGUGAACUUACUUUGGAUUUUGGACUAUUUUGUUAACCAUUGCUUGUGAUAGUUGGAUAAAGGUCGGUGUGGAAGGAGUGUAGAGGAGGUGGUUUCAAUGCUUGUUGGGCUUAUCCGGAUUCACGGUAACAUAUACAGAAGCUUGUAUGUGAUGAUAGGUUAUGGUUUUCACAGUUCUUGGAGAUUUAAGUUGAAGGGGUUGGUUAUUUAGUGGUUUUUCGAACUUAAAUUGUUUAAAGUUUUGGACAUGAGAAGCCCUUGGCUCAAUAAACUAUCUGUCAUUUUCAGCCCCAGACCGCCAGUCAGUUGGUUGCUAUUGUGCUUUGUCAGUGUGCUUGCACUGAUUUCUGUCUUUGGAUCAUCAUCUUCUAAUUCCUUUGACUCUGUAACUUCCACUUUGGUACCUGAGAUUUAUACAAACUAUAGAAGGCUAAAGGAGCAAGCGACAGUUGAUUAUUUUGAGCUGAGAACUCUCCCGUUGGGAGCUAGUCGCCAAAGGGAGUUUGGCCUUUGUGGCAAAGAAAAAGAAAAUUAUGUUCCUUGUUACAAUGUGACAGCAAACUUGUUAUUAGGGUUUAAAGAUGGAGAGGAGUUUGAUCGACAUUGUGAAUUUUCAAGGCAAAGAAAGUGGUGUUUAGUUCGCCCUCCAAAGGAUUAUAAGAUUCCACUCCGUUGGCCAGCUGGUAGGGAUGUGAUAUGGAGUGGAAAUGUCAAGAUAACCAAAGACCAAUUCCUUUCUUCUGGAAGCAUGACAAAGAGAAUGAUGUUGCUAGAAGAGAAUCAAAUUGCUUUUCACUCUGAAGAUGGCUUAAUCUUUGAUGGUGUCAAAGAUUAUUCUCGCCAGAUUGCUGAGAUGAUGGGACUGGGGAGUGACUUUGAAUUUUUUCAAGCUGGUGUACGCACUGUACUUGAUAUUGGUUGUGGAUUUGGAAGUUUUGGAGCUCAUUUAGUUUCACUAAAGUUGAUGGCUCUUUGUAUUGCUGCAUAUGAGGCAACCGGAAGCCAAGUUCAAUUAGCUCUUGAGAGAGGUCUUCCAGCAAUGAUUGGCAAUUUCAUAUCAAGACAACUGCCAUAUCCAUCAUUGUCCUUUGACAUGGUUCAUUGUGCUCAGUGCAGUAUUGUUUGGGACAAGAAAGAGGGGAUGUUUCUUAUAGAAGCAGAUCGGUUACUCAAGCCUGGAGGUUAUUUUGUUUUAACCUCACCCACAAGUAAGUCACAUGGAAGUGCAACAGUUACGAAGAAAAGAAACAUGUUAAUGCCACUGGAACAAUUCACUGAAAAAAUUUGUUGGAGUCUUAUUGCACAGCAGGAUGAGACUUUUAUCUGGCAGAAAACUGCUGAUGUUCAUUGCUAUUCUUCUCGCAAGCAGAAUGAUGUACCCCUUUGCAAAGAAGGACACGAUGCUGCCUAUUAUCAGACCUUGAUGCCUUGUAUCACCGGAACUUCCAGCAAACACUGGAUUCCUAUUCAGAACAGGUCCUCUAGCUCUCAAUUGAGCUCUGUGGAGCUAGAAGUUCAUGGAGUCAGUCAAGAAGAUUUCUUUGAAGACCUGCAAGUUUGGAAAUUAGCUUUAAACAAUUAUUGGUCUCUGCUUACACCAUUAAUUUUCUCUGACCAUCCCAAGAGGCCAGGGGAUGAAGAUCCAUUGCCUCCAUUUAAUAUGGUACGCAAUGUGAUGGACAUGAAUGCUCAUUAUGGGGGUUUAAAUGCUGCAUUCCUGGAGGAAAAGAAAUCAGUGUGGGUGAUGAAUGUUGUGCCUGUUAGGGCCCGCAACACACUUCCUCUCAUUCUUGACCGAGGUUUUCCUGGUGUUUUGCAUGACUGGUGUGAACCCUUCCCAACAUAUCCUCGAACAUAUGACAUGAUUCAUGCAAAUGGGCUCCUCACACAUCUCAUUUCAGAGAGGUGCGGUUUGAUGGACUUAUUUAUAGAGAUGGAUCGAAUUCUGCGUCCUGAGGGUUGGGUUGUGCUCUCUGAUAAAUUAGGAGCUAUAGACUUGGCACGUGCUCAUGCUACACAAAUACGGUGGGAUGCAAGGGUGAUCGACCUUCAGAAUGGUAGUGAUCAGCGGCUACUUGUUUGUCAGAAACCAUUUUUGAAGAAAUGAUUGAUCUAGCACCAGGUCCCGAGACUGUGGCUGUGUAAAAUUGUUUUUGAUCUGAGGCUGAGCUAUCGGCAGCAUCACAAUGUGAUAGGCUCUGGAGUCAAAACAUGCUUGAUAUCAAUGACUGAACAAUGAGCAUGGUGGAGGCUGUAGAUUAUAAAAGAGGUUUGCUGCAAAAGAAGCCGCAAUUCUUUUUCUUUUUCUUUUUACUCUUUUUUGUCAAGGCAUUUGUAGCAAUUCAUUCAUCCAUUUUUUCCCUUGUCUUAAUUUUGAUUUUUUUUUUAUUUCUUUAUUAUAUGAUAUUGAAAUCCUCCUUGUAUUGAACCGUCAUUGCUGUGUGCAAUGGCUACGAAAUGUGAUAAUUACAAAUAGAUCAACCAAG